AUGGAGGAGCGCUACGAUCGAGCAAAGGGCAAAGGUGGUGGCAGAACGGACGGCAACAACAUCGGCAAGGAGAUCGACGGGAAGUUAUACUUCACCGAGGAGCAGGUGAUCGCUUGUCUCACGUCCCAUCUCAACAUCAACGCCGACGGGUCGACGGCGCGUGGCAAGGCACCGAGUGGCCCCAGCAAGUGUCACGGCGGGCGUGGCCACAGCAAGGAGUGCAGCAAGGAGGCGCGCUCAACAAACACCAAGAACGGCAUCGGCGGAGAGAUCGCCGCCGCCGCCUGCCACUACUGUGGCAAGAGCAGGCACUAG